ACAAGGCGAGGGCCCGCCGCGCACGCGCACGCUCACGCCCCGCCUCUGCCCCCGCCCCCGCGCGGCGCUGCGUCCUUCGACCCCGGGCGGCGCGCCGCGGGCAGCUCCAGGCGGCAUGCGGGACUACGACGAGGUGACCAGCUUCCUGGGCGACUGGGGGCCCUUCCAGCGCCUCAUCUUCUUCCUGCUCAGCGCCAGCAUCAUCCCCAACGGCUUCAAUGGAAUGUCAGUCGUGUUCCUGGCCGCCACCCCGGAGCACCGCUGCCGGGUGCCGGACACGGCGAACCUAAGCCGCGCGUGGCGCAACCACAGUGUCCCGCUGCGGCUGCAGGACGGCCACGAGGUGCCUCACAGCUGCCGGCGCUACCGGCUCGCGGCGAUCGCCAACUUCUCGGCGCUCGGGCUGGAGCCGGGGCGCGAUGUGGACCUGGAGCAGCUGGAGCAGGAGGGCUGCGUGGAUGGCUGGGAGUUCAGCCAGGACAUCUACCUGUCCACCAUCGUGACCGAGUGGAACCUGGUGUGUGAGGACGACUGGAAGGCCCCACUCAUGGUCUCCUUGUUUUUCGUGGGUGUGCUGGUGGGCUCCUUCGUUUCGGGGCAGCUCUCAGACAGGUUUGGUCGGAAGAACGUGCUCUUUGUGACCAUGGGCAUGCAGACGGGCUUCAGCUUUCUGCAGAUCUUCUCGAAGAACUUUGAGAUGUUUACUGUGCUGUUUGUCCUUGUGGGCAUGGGCCAGAUCUCCAACUACGUGGCAGCAUUUGUCCUGGGAACAGAAAUUCUUGGCAAGCCGGUUCGUAUUCUGUUCUCCACGUUAGGAGUGUGCAUAUUUUACGCGUUUGGCUACAUGCUGCUGCCGCUGUUUGCUUACUUCAUCCGAGAUUGGCGGAUGCUGCUGCUGGCGCUCACGGCGCCUGGGGUGCUGUGUGUGGCCCUCUGGUGGUUCAUCCCUGAGUCCCCCCGAUGGCUCAUCUCUCAGGGACGACUUAAAGAGGCAGAGGUGAUCAUCCGCAACGCUGCCAAAAUGAACGGGAUUGUUGCACCCUCAACUAUCUUCGAGUCAAGUGAGCUGCAAGACCUGAGUUCCGAGAAGCAGCCGUCCCACAGCAUUCUGGAUCUGCUUCGAACCCGGAAUAUCCGAAUGGUCACCAUCAUGUCCAUAAUUCUGUGGAUAACCAUAUCAGUGGGCUAUUUCGGGCUCUCCCUCGACACUCCAAACUUGCACGGGGACGUCUACGUGAACUGCUUCCUUUUGGCAGUGGUUGAAGUCCCUGCGUACUUGCUGGCCUGGCUGCUGCUGCAGCACCUGCCCCGGCGCUAUUCCAUGGCCACGGCCCUCUUCCUGGGCGGCAGCGUUCUCCUCUCCGUGCAGCUGGUGCCCCCAGGUUUGUAUUACUUGGCCACCGUCCUGGUGAUGGUGGGCAAGUUUGGAGUCACUGCUGCCUUUUCCAUGGUGUACGUGUACACGGCUGAGCUGUACCCCACCGUGGUGAGAAACAUGGGCGUGGGGGUCAGCUCCACCGCGUCCCGCCUGGGCAGCAUCCUGUCUCCCUACUUCGUUUACCUCGGUGCCUACGACCGCUUCCUGCCCUACAUUCUCAUGGGGAGUCUGACCAUCCUGACAGCCAUUCUCACCUUGUUCCUCCCAGAGAGCUUCGGCACUCCCCUCCCGGACACCAUUGACCAGAUGCUGAGGGUCAAAGGAAUAAAAUACAGGCAAACUCCAGGCCACACAAGGAUGUUAAAAGACGGCGAAGAAAGCUCCACAGUCCUUAAAAGCACAGCCUUAUAACACAACCUCCAGUAGAGGGAGAA